UCUUUCUCAAUACCUAAACAUCUUUACAUAUAAAUUGCCUUUCAGGUCCUUGUACGUCCACACAGAUUGGAGGCAGAUUUCUGAAACAGAGAAGAAAUGAAGUGUCUCCUCCUUUGUUUGAGUGCCUUUCUAUUAUGCACUAUAGUCUUCAGUCACCACGGUGGUGAACAUGAUGAAGAACAUGCUGAUCACACUGACGACCACAAACAUAACCAUGGAGACCAUAAACAUAGUAAUGAUCAUGGUGGCAAUCACAAAAAUCAUGGCCAUCAUGGAAAAGGGAAACAUGACUCACACCAUCAUGUUCAUUUCAAUGAAUCGAUAGCUUGCCAUAAAAUUGCAUCAUCCAAUUCUCAGUUUGCCUUCAGAUUGUUCAAGCAGGUAACAGAUGCAAAACCUUUAGAGAAUAUUUUUAUUUCCCCGGUCAGUAUAUCUACUGCUUUUGCCAUGCUUUCUGAAGGAGCUAAGUCCAAGACCCAUGACGAGAUCUUAGAAGGUCUUGGUUUCAACAUUUCUGAAAUCACAGCGGAGGAAAUUCAUUCUUGUUUCCAGCAUCAUCUCCAUGUCCUAAAUCACCCUGAUAGCGAGCUACAUCUCGACAGUGGGAAUGCCCUCUUUAUAGACACAAAACUCAAACUGCGCCAGACAUUUUUAGAUGAUGUCAAGAGAAAUUAUGAGUCAGAAGCAUUUUCUAGUGAUUUCACAAAUUCUGAUGAAGCAAAGAACCAGAUCAACAGCUAUGUGGAUAAGAAAACCAAUGGGAAAAUUCCUGAGCUGCUCAGCAGUAUUGACAAGGACACAAUUUUAAUCCUCCUCAACUGGAUUUAUUUCAGAGGUCAGUGGAAAAAUCCAUUUAAUGAAGAAUUUACUAGUGAAGGAGAUUUCCAUGUUGAUGAGAACACAGUUGUGAAAGUGCCGUUUAUGAGGAGAAUCGGCGUGUAUAACGUAUUACUGUCUGAAAACGUUACGGUGGUGGAGAUUCCAUACAAGGGCAAUGCUUCAGCUCUGUUUAUCUUACCAAAGGAGGGAAAACUCCGACACAUCGAACAGAAUCUUCAGGAAUCCACAAUCAAAGCAUGGAAGAGCAAAUUCAGGUUCCGGUUUGUAGAAAUAUACCUUCCUAAAUUUGUAAUUUCUACAACUCUGGAUCUUAAAAAACAAUUUAUCAAAAUGGGAGUAACCAAGGUAUUUUCAAACGCUGCUGAUCUAUCUGGCAUUACAGAACAAGCCAAGUUAAAAUUGUCUACGGCGGUCCACAAGGGAGCACUGAGUGUUGAUGAGAAAGGAACAGAGGCCGUGGCAGCGACAGUCCUUGAGCUAGUACCCAUAAGUCUACCACCAACUAUUAAACUUGAUAAUCCUUUUCUCAUCCUUAUUCAAAAGGAAGAAACUCAUAGCCCUCUGUUUAUGGGAAGAGUGAGAAACCCAGCGGUGGCAUAAUACGUUACAUGUACAAUGCGCCAUUCUUUUCAGAUUAAAAGAUACUUUAAUUGUU